ACCGUCCACGCCGAGCUCGUCGACCCGGCCUCCCUACCGCAAAGUCACGCCAACAUACUCAGCGUCGUCCUCAUCGAGCCACGGAGCUCAUUCUGCGCAUCAGCCAUCGCGCUCGACACCCUUGGAGGCCUCCUCCUCGCCUCGACGUGCUGCGCCACAGCGCACACCAUCGUUCGUCUCCGCUCAAGCGCCUGUCUACGACGGACAUGAAGACGAUCCGUCGACACCACCUGGCUCCGAGUCCGAGGACAACGAGCCCGAGCCUGCUGUGAGAUCGUCCCCCGCCCCUGUAGACAUCCACGCGUACGACUCCAGCACCCUCCUCCACCUCCUCGCUGCUGCGCUGUCGGAGAUCGCUUCCAUGAACACUGACCGCGACCAUUCCGAACCUUACAUGACGUCCUCCGUGCAUCCACAUUCAACAGUUUCCGAGCCACACCCUCCUAUAUGGCGGACACUAACCUCCGCCUCACGCCACGCCCUUUCCACAACAUCCUCCCUCGCAUUUCAUGCGCGUAAUGUGCCCACGAUCGCGCUCGAGGCGUACCUCACACGCAUCCAGAAGUACUGUCCAGCGAGCAACGAGGUCUUCCUCUCCCUCCUCGUGUACUUCGACCGGAUGAUGAAGCUGGCGAAGGAGACGUGUGGGAAGGUCUUUGCUAUCGACAUGUACAAUGUACAUCGCCUUGUCAUUGCGGGCGUGACUGUUGCGAGCAAAUUCUUCAGCGACGUCUUUUACACAAAUUCUCGUUAUGCGAAGGUUGGUGGGCUUCCGCUUACAGAACUCAACCAACUGGAGCUCCAGUUCCUGCUCUUGAACGACUUCCACCUCAUGAUUUCUCAAGAAGAGAUGCAAUUCUAUGCAAGCAAAUUGGCGCAACAGUCGCAGAUACCCGCAGGCGUUUCCCUCACCCCCUUCCUCGCCGAUUCUCCUCCUUCCACAACCCAUGACGCCCACCGAUCACCCGUCGGACCAUUGAAGUAUUUCACAGCCGUAGACGGAUACAUUUCCCAUCUGCUAGCCCGCACACGACCAUCACACCACGACCCCAGCCAUCCCCAUCCACAUUCCUUCGCCCCAUCACACUCUCGUCCCAACUCAGAUUACCGUCGAUCCACCAGCGCGAAUUCGAUAACAACAUCAGAGUCCGCCACCGACACGGAGACGGACGUCGACGGCGAGACCGACGACGAGCCGACGAUCCGGGCGCCUCACUCCACCGCCUCCUCGGAGACAAUGAGUCUCCAUUCCAACGGAGACGCUGACUCGAUAUACACGGACGACAGUCGGAGCGAGAUGGGCGACGAGGGAUACGGGCACCCGCACGCGAACGGGUACCGGUGAGGAGCGCGUCCCCUCCGCGCGGCAUGACCGGCCCCUCGCGGGGACGCGUCCUAGACGGCCGCGCACGCGCCAGACGUUGGUUAUGCGCUCUCAUAGAUGCGCUCGGGGUUGCUCGUGGGCGUUCCUGGGUUCCGAUGGUGUGUUUCGCGUUUACUCGUCGCCCGCCCGUCAAUGUUACUGUAGUACGUGUACUGGACUUCACUGCUUCUUCCGUCAGCGUCACACAUCCACCCUGUAUAUACACACAGCGUAAUCGUGCCUCCCGUCUGUCUACUUCCGUUUGCUACAUUGUACAGCUGUCUUCAAUUCUCGCCCGUGUCCAUGCAAUAGUAUCAUUGAACCG